AGAUGGCGGGGACCUAUUACUUUGUAAUUGUAGGCCAUUCAGAUAAUCCCAUCUUCGAAAUAGAUUUUAUUCCCGUUACCAAAGAAACUAAGAAAGAAGAUAACAGACAUCUAAAUCAAUUCAUUGCGCAUGCAGCCCUGGACUUAGUAGAUGAACAUAUGUGGAAAGUAACAAAUACAUACCUCAAAUCUGUUGAUAAAUUCAACCAAUGGUUUGUCUCUGCAUUUGUUACUGCCAGUCAGAUGCGCUUCAUAAUGGUACAUGAUGCUCGCAACGAAGAAGGUAUAAAGAAUUUCUUUACAGAGGUUUAUGAAACAUACAUUAAAUUGAUGCUUAACCCAUUUUACAAAGAAGACACAGUCAUUAAUUUUCCAGCAUUCGAGAAGAAAGUACAGUUUUAUGGGAAGAAAUAUCUGACAUGA